UUUAUGUUUCAGUUUAAAACACGAAAACUACUAAAAGAGUUGUAAAAACACCGGGUAGUCCAACUGCUGGCGCCAUCUUGUUUCCAAAAUCGGGCAAAAGCGGCGACUUUCGCAAUGAACGUAAAAAGUCCGUCCCACAGUUUUUUAUAGUAGCGCAAUUUUUUGCAUAUGAAAAAAUUUUUAUGUCUACUGAUACUAAAUUAACAACUAGUUGUUCAGUGACCCAGUUUAAAACUUAUAAACACUUCAAAAAUUAAAUUUUAAAGUUGUAAAAAAUGGUUUAUUGGUGUAUAGUUUUUGAUAGAUCAAACGGCAAGUCAAAACGUUUUUUAAAGUAUUAACAAUACUUCAACUGACGUCAACUGUUUAUUGGGGGGGCAUUAAUUCCUCAAUGUCUUAGAUCAGUGUCCGAUAACCACACAAAAUAGCCUACCAUGCUUGGUGGAAAAUUAGUUUGUAAGUUUCCAAUGACUGUGUAGCGGUUGAGUGCGCUUCGAGCACAGAUAUUUAAUAUAAUCGUUGUCCUUCCCACUUGUAACAAUGACAAUCGCACACAAACAGCUUGAUGGGGAAAUCCCAUUGUUAGGACAGUGCCGAGAGACUUUGCUCUGUGACAAUACAGAGCCUUGCUGUAUAAUGUUGUAACUGACAAAACCAAGUUUAAACCUCUUUCUCGUGUUUACUGCUUCUUUUCGCAUUUUGCUUACUCGCCAUUUUAUAUAAGCCCUCCCUGUCCUGUGACUUGAGGAACCAACUGCGCCACACCUUUACGCCCACAAUUGUAAAGCGAAGUAUACUUGUUUUUAUUUCCAAAGGGAAGAGUGGAUCUUAGCAAAAAAGAAGCAACGCAUUACACUGUUCAUGAAAUGUUUUGCGACACGAGGACGAUAUGAAACGAAAAACUUGACAGCGUUGCCAAGAACAACUAAUGUACCGGAAGCUAAGAUGACAACUAUGACGGAUACACACGAACAAGUUCAUGAAGACAAACAAUUUAUAUCCUUAAUGGAAACAACCAUUAAAGAACGCAAAGAAACGUUAACAAGAGCUUGUACAGCGUUGGACAACAACUGUAAUGGAACGGGUACCUCGCAUUUUGAAAGGGCAUUUUAUUGUAAAAAAUACAAGCUCGCAGUUUGUGAUAUUUACAAAAGUGGAAGUUCUACCAUGCUGUUUACAAUACUUAAUAUGAAUGAUGUCAAAUGGUCGGACAUGGACUUUUCUGGUUGGUUACGAGAGUCAGGGAAACUUCGUUUCAGUGCGAUUUCAAACACAGAAGAAAAAACUGUUAUGUGGAAUAGUUAUACCAAGGUUAUUCUCGUGAGGGAUCCAUUCGAAAGGUUCGUGUCCGGCUACGCAGACAAACUGAUACCGACAGGCGGUGGACACAGCAAGCAUUAUCGAGACCUGUCGUUAAAGAUAAACCAAGAAUAUCGUCACCUUAGAUCGGAUGUGAGCAAACGCAACGCUACCGAACCUAAACACGCAACAUUUGAAGAUUUUCUUAAUUAUUUGCUAACAACAAAAGAAACACAAAUGGACGGCCACUGGGCGGAUUAUGUGCAGCUUUGUGAGCCUUGUGCGCAUGGUUAUGACGUCAUAAUGAAGAUGGAUACACUGGAAAAUGACGUACGUUACGUGACGUCACUGCUGAACCUAACUGCCGAACACAGCAAAGAUUUUUUUAAAAAUCAAAUCGGUCGCUCUACAAAAAGCAACAAAACCAUGGAAUAUUUUAAAACGAUCCCGAAAGAGUUGGCGAACAGACUCUAUGAAAACAGACGGCGGGAUUUCGAAAUGUUUGGAUAUAGAAAACCAGAAUGGAUAUGUUGAUUUCAUCCGUAUAUGAAACUAAUUCAAGUAAAGGUGUUUUAACGAA